CACCAGCCUGAUAACAAAAUCCACUGGUUUCGGGCUGUCAGACACGACUUUCUUUACAAGCUGUACCAUAUAUAGGUUUUGGGAGGUUACCUUUCACCCUUGUAACCCCUACUUGUAUAAAUUGUUUAGCUCUUCCUCUCAUUCACAUCUAUCUCUCGUUAUGAUGCCCCCUCUCUCCUCUCUCCUUUUUCAUCUAAGCAAUACUGAUGCAUUUUCUCUCCCAAAAGUCACUGACAAAUCAAACUUUAAGAGGAUUGUCCAGACUUCUUGAGGAUCACUUCAGACACUACAAUUAUACAGAUAUUCAAAACAAAAAUUCAGAAGAUCCUUUCGGUACACAGGAAGUGUUUACAACUUUACACUGUGAUUGAAGAACAUGUUAAGUGUAGAAUGAGUAAAGAAUGUUAGGGAUCACAUUAAACAAGGGUGUCAAAGAUUUCAUCUUGGGAAGACAUAUUAGCUCCAAUAAUUGUAUACAGCAUAUUGGGCCAUUUUCACACUUGAGGUGGAUUAUUUAUCCAAAAUGAACACCCUCCUAUGGUAUUACAAAAUUAAGAGAGAUAGUACCCUUCUAACCUGUCUUGUACAUAAUCUGGUUCUAGUGUAAAGCUUUCCCUUGGGUGAGAACCUGGAGUUGCAGAUUCAUAUUUAUUUUGUUGAGAACUUAUAACCAUGAUUAUAGUCAGUAAUUUUCACAAAUUAUUGUUAUUUUGAUUGGUAUUAUUACAGUAAGGGAUCCAGUGCCACCUCAAUCAGAAAUUAUUCUUGGACCAAUCAACCAAGUUGCAAUAAGUGGACAAACUUCCAGCGUUGUAUUUGAAUGCUUUGGAAGUGGAAGGUAACUUUUUAGUAAAAUUGUGGAAGUAGAGACCAUAUUGCUUUAAAUUGUAACUUACCAUACAUUCACAUGCAUGCACAGAUUGUAGUAGCUUUAUUACAUGUAGUUGUACAGUUUACAUCACAUAAACUUAAGUACUAUUGUUUAGUUACAAGUAUUCCUGCGCUGUUCUUACUUUUAGUGAUUUAUAUAUGUCACAGAGUAAAUUAAACUACAGGGGUAAAUUGCAGUGUGUGGUUUGAAAAACUUUUGUCAUGCUUAAUAUACAUUUAUUGAAGUUUAUAUCGGUAGAGGAGGCGUGUGUGGCUAAGCGGUUAACACCUUGAACUCCAGAGCUGGAGGACAAGGGUUCAAGCCUCGCCCGUCGAGUUGUUUCCUGAGACAAGGAACUUUACUCCACUUUGCCUCUCUUCACCCAGGUUUAUAAAUGGGUACCGGCGACAUACUGCUGGGGGGGGGGGGGGGAGUAACCCUGCGAUGGACUAGCAUCUCCUCCAGGGGAGAGUAACAAUACUCCUAGGCAUGCUUCAUGUUAAGGAAACUGUGAUAAGCUCUGGGCGUUUACAUUAUAUCAGCAGAUUAAAAAUCACAAUGAAUGAUAGUAUGAAUGACAGUGUCAUCCCUUUUUGAUCAAAACUCUUUUAUUUUGCCUCAGACCCAUGCCAAGCAUCUCUUGGAGAAAAAAUGGACAGACAGUUACUAGUGGUUCAAAAUUUUCCUUUGAUCAAUAUAAGAAGAGACUCACAAUACAAAAUCCAAGCAAAGCUGAUGAAGGCGAUUAUGAAUGUCAUGUGACCAGUUCCCUGAGCCCUCAACCGAGAACAAGCAAAGCGAAUCUGACAGUUUUUGGUAAGCAGAUGUUUCUGUGUUACAUUUGUGGCAUUGCUUUAACAUUAUGUUGUCAUUGCGCUUAAGUAACUGCUCAAGUCGUAACAAUCUCAAGACUAAAUAGCUUCAACGAUGAAAACGAAUCCUCAAGGUUGAGCGUGAAAUUCAUGUAGGUCGGAUUCGCGGCUAAAGAUCAAUGUACAUACAAGGUUUCAGACUUGACAUUCAAGAAAAGGUCUCUAUUUAGGUUUAGAUUUUUUUGAAGGAUUUGUACACAAAUACUGGAGAGUAAGACCAUUCUCCCUGGCUUUAUUGAUCCGGGCUUAAUUUCCAGUACAGACUCUUAAACUUUCCAAGAAUUCUUACCAUCAUAACGUCUUACCAUUAAACAUCAUUGGCACCAAGCUUUGUGACGUCACAAACUUUUGCAUGUCUAUUCGGCAAAUCUGGUGUGGCGUAUUUUAGUGGCUGUCAAUUCAUUACCCGGUUAACGUGAUACAAAUCUUUCCCUUUUCAAAGUCGAAGAAAAACGUAGCCUGCGAGCAAGAUCUCCAAUUAUAGCGAACGAAGCUAGCAGGGAAAGAACGAGCGAGCGAGCGACCCGGGAAGCCGCGAGGGGCGGAGGAAAAGGAGAGCUCUCCCUUUCUUUUCCCGUCCCUCGCACUGGCGUCUUUCGCGUGCGGGUCUCGCGUGACAUCUCGCGACUCCCCCAUAUGGAGAGCUUGCUCGUAGGCAAAGAAAAACGUUUAGCGCUCACGAGCUUUUGGUGCUGCGUCAGCUCCUUUCUCAGGUGACGGAUGAUCACGUGACUUCCUUUGAGUCACGUGAAAAUAUGUAUGAUGCCUUUUCAUAUUUUAUUCUUUUAUUUUUUAUAGAUCAACCAACAUUCAGGGUCACACCAUCAAAUAUAAAUAAGUAUCCUCAAGAAGCAGCGAUAUUUGCAUGCAAUGCAACUGGAAUCCCAAAGCCAACAAUCACGUGGUUUCAUAAUGGGGCAAAAGUUGUACCAUCACCUGGCGGGAGAAUUCAAAUCAGCAGCAAAAAGGAACUGAAAUUCACAAGUCUUCAGUCUGGAGAUGCAGGCACUGUGCAGUGCGUGGCAACCAAUGACGCUGGCGAGGCAAUAUCAGCCGCAGCGUUAAAUAUUAAAAGUAAGUUUGCCUAUUUAAUGUUUAUGGUUUCAAAACGAGAUAGGUUUGUGGUGGUGACUCGGCCUUACGAUCCGACAACUGCGACGCCAGUGAAAACGUCGCUGAAAAAUAGACUUCGCGUCCUUUCCCACUUUUUGUCCCCUUAUAACCAAGUCAUCCAGUUACUUAAAAGUAGGCCAGUUGGACUGAGAGAGCAAAAUUUAUCGCCUUGCCAUUCCCCUUUUUGGUCAUUUCACGUGGGAGUUGUGUGUGGACGGCAACGAAAUUAACAUUGAUCACUAAUUAUAUACACGCAAACAUUAAUUAAUUUCAUAUCAGGUUUAUCCACAAGAAUUUUUUUGCACCGUUUUUGACUGCCCUUGUUUUCGAAUGUGGGAAAUCGUCAUCGUGAAUCUGAAUUUUGUCGUAAGUCGUGAACGUGAUUCUAUAUCUUUCUUUGGUUAAAAGAGCUGUGUCCUGAAUUUUUUCAAACUUAAAACAAUAGGAAUACCACUAAAUUGCGUGAAACAUGAAAAUAACCGCUGAAAACAUUUUUAGAAGGAACCAAUAAUGCCGCAAACACGGAUGGACAAACUUGAAGAAGUUUAAAACCGAUCGCAAUUGUGGGUUUUUGAAAACUUGUUAGCCUAAAGGUUGAUUUCCACUGACGCGUCUUUGGCUACGCACGUUAACGCACGUAAAUUUUAAUCACGAAAAUAAAAUAGAUAGUCUGAGAGGCAAAAGAUAAAGUGUUGAGAUUAGACGUGAAGUUGAGCGAGGUUCUACUUUUACGUUUACGAGGACUUUUCAUACAUUGCCUCUAUUUUAUUUGCGAACGUAAAUUUUACGCACGUACACACGUAAAAAUUACGCGACAGUGGAAAUCAACCCUAACGUCGCUAUAAGGUAUGGGAGACACAUUUUUUUGACAAGAAGCUAUGAUUUUGCCGUUUACAAGUAAUAUCGUCGCGAACGUUAAGUUCCAUGGCGCACAAGGAAGCGUAACUAGCAAUAUGUGCGAAAUAAAAUAGACUCACUGCCGUGACACAGCCUCUUUAACCGUUAAAGCCCUAAUAGUGAUCAGCAUUAAAUUUCUCCUUGCAGUGUUAAUUCUUUGUAAAACAGAGUGGUCAUGAGAACUCUGGACAUGAUCACGCAAUAUGAAUUUGCUUGAUAUUUUAUCAACUUCUCCCCACUACUUCUGUAGGAAAUGAAUGAGGCAACAAAUGAGAAUUCAAAUUUUGAUCUUAGCGUUUAAAGGGUUAAAAGUAUUUAAAUUUAGUUUGUUGCCACCGUGUGUUUUAUUUCAGCUUUAGACGUAUGGAUUGACGUUCCACCAAAAAAUACGCAUGCCUUGAUCAAUGAAACCGUAGAGUUGAAGUGCGUUGGGCGAGGAACUCCUACACCCUUGAUAUCAUGGCAAAAGAAUGACGUACCUAUUAAUUUCCAAAGCAAUCCGCGGUAUCUGAAGAUGUCCAGCGGUUCUCUGCGGAUUAGCAUGAGCAAGAAAAGCGACAGUGGAAAGUACACUUGCGUGGCUACUAAUAGUCGGGGCGACAGAAAGGCUAAUGCCACUCUUACUGUCUUGAGUAAGUACGAUUUCAAUAGACCGUGUUCGUAUUCUUGGUAGUAAACAGGGACUAGCUUGCAGUCGAGGCUAAUGCCAGAGGUGCAGUAAACCUCACUUCAAUCAACAGGAGUCCUCUUAAUAAAUUAUGUUAUUAUUGAUUCAAAAUAUUUCGUCGUUUUUGAUUCGCUCAAAUCCUUCGGCUAAUUCUUCAAACCGACCUCCUUUCAACAAAUUUGGAAGAUGUGAUCAGUAAACUCUCGAUUCCGUGGUAUAUUUGUUUGGCAACCAGGUUGAUCGAUGGUUUAUUGGCCUGGAAACGAGGCUGCUUGGGCAAUGGACCAUUCAUCAACAUCGUUUCCAGGCGCUUCAGCCACGCUAUUUAUUCACGAGUGAACUGAAAAAUGGUGUGCACCCCCAGAAGGUAGUUACAUGAGAUAGGUCACCAGAGCAUAGAGAUUAGUCACCCUUGACACCUAUGUUAAAAAUAGUUAAUAUUACUGUAAAUUUCCUUUGUUUCUUCUAGUCGAAACGUUGAUCACUAAUCCACUGCCAAGCCAAAUAACAGCCAUCAAAGGCGCGCCAAAAGAUCUUCAUUGUACCGUGCAAUCGGACCCUGCCAUAUCAGUCCACUGGCGCUGGACAAAGGAUGGAAGCCCAGUUGAUACGUCCCGGAUGACGCUACUCAAUGAUGGAACGCUCCGCAUCAACACCGUGCAGGAGAAUGACGCUGGGACUUACGUCUGUCGUGUGGAGUCUGUGGCGGGAAAUGCCACAACCAGCGGUACGCUAAGCGUACAAGGUGCGUACUUGUAUACUGCCUGCAGUGCUCUUCCCUUUCUUAUGCUUGUGUACAGUUUUUUUUUAAGUUCAAAGGUGUUCUGCUGUUGUGCAGCAUAGACGGACUAAAUUAAUUUGUUAACAGGACGUCGGAUUUUGAUCCCGGGCCACAUGAAGCCAACACCGCGAUAACAAUCAGACCAUUGACGCGAAACCUUAGUCAGUAGAUUUUUACCUUCAGAAAGUGCAUUAGCGAAUGAAGCCUUGAGUGUCUUAAUUCUUAUGGAGACGAUUUGCCUGAAAAUGUGGGCAAAACCACUGCCCAAAAAUGCAAAUAGUACUCCUCUGAUUGACUUGCGACGCUCAAAACCGCCUUUGCCUUUUUUUAAAGCUCCCCAUCGACUGAUUUUUUUAUUUUUUCAGAAACACCACUUGCUCCCAGCACACCUGUAGUGAGUAACAUCCAGCCUACGUCAGUUCGUCUGUCCUGGUUUCCUCCGGGGUAUGAUGGAAACAGUCCCAUCGUAUCCUACGUUGUUGACGCCAAGGCGGGCUCUAAUCCUUGGCGCCAGCACGUUGACAACAUCAAUCCAUCUGACAGACAGAUGUCAAUCCUCGUGCGUAAUCUUCUACCCCAUACUCAGUACCAGUUCCGUGUUAAAGCUGUCAAUCAAGUAGGGGUGGGUGCGGCGAGUGCGGCGUCUGGUAGCAUCGUGACCCUUAAAGCUGGUAAGGCGUACUUCCUUAACGCAUCAUACCUUUUGAAUACAGCUUAUUCAGUGAAGGUUGCUUUAGGGAAUUUGGAAUUGUGCACUGGAAAGCUAAUAGGGAGCUUAAACAACGACGGUGACCGUCACGAAAUCGUCACUUAAAAAUUUUAACGUCACGCUGCUAUGAACCUCAUCGUGCUUAUUUUAUCUCGUUCAAUUCGUCAAAUGUUAGCAAUUUUUUGGCGUGAAUUCCAGAAAAGUGUAUCGAAGUUGAGGAAAAGAAAAAGAAAGUCGUUGUCUUGGGUUCACGUCCUCCACAAAACCUGAAAUUUUCACGUCGAAGUUAUGCAGUGACUGCAAAGAAAUGUACAAAAAAGCGUGAUGCACGUGCAGAGUUGUUGUUUUGCCGAUCUAAACCUAUUACUUUUUUGUCUUUCUCGUUGACGUCGCUGUCGUCGUUGCUUAAGCCCUCUGUUAUUUGGUGGUCAGUGAAGCAAAUCAUUGCACUGAUUUUCGUAUGCCCAAAUGACCAAUGCCAAAGCAUCUUUUAUUGAAUUAAGUAUAUAUAUCUAUCCGGAUCUUUGAAAACGAACCUAGCGAAAUUUACAGCCAAUUAUUGGUAAAGGGUCAAAAGGCAGGUUUCUUGCGUUCGAUAAGGCCGAAAAUCACACUAACGGAGGAAAAGGAAAGGAAUAGUAGAAAUAGCGAGGAGAAAGAAACGAGGGGGAGGAGGAGGAGAGAGAAAAUGUAAUGUUUGCGCUCUUAGUUUUUAUAUUGGUUACUCUGGAGAAAAAACUGCUUGACACUGGAAUAGGAAUAUUUGGCGGUAACGUUUUCAAAAAUCCAGCUGGGCAUGUAAUCAUUGUUUUUGUCGCAGUGUCACUCGGAAAGAACAGAAGAGUACUCCCAUCAAAUUCCAACGACGACAUCGUCAGUGAAAACUACUGUCCAUUUUGCCGGGUCCAACUAAGGACCACAUUAAGACACAAUUUGAAGAAAUUUUAGUAGAAACUUUUUCUGGAUUGAUCCGGAGACCAAAGUUUUCGAUUUCUUACAAGUUGGCGAGUUACUCGCCGCGUGCGCUCGUAAUAAUUACGCGACAGUGGAAAUCCACCCUAUAACCCUCCACUGCGAGGUUCAACUUUUACGUUUACGCUCAGUCUUGUAUACAUUGCCUCUAUUUUAUUCACUCACGUAAAUCUUACGCGCGGUUUUUAUGGACGUGACAACCAACUUCGUGGCGUUGAAAAUGGCAAACGUGAAAAAUGGCGGGAAAAACUAAUUACGUGGUCAACUCUUCUGUUUGUCGUAAAUGUCGAGGAAAGUGUAAUAGGAGGUCACCGGAAUGUUGAUUUGUGUCUUUGAAAUUUGCGGAUUUUAUGUUUCAGCGCCUUCACAACCCCCUAGCAAUGUCAAUGGUGUACCGAUCAGCGCUGACUCCAUCCUCGUGCAGUGGCAGGUAUGUUUUGAUUCAAGCCACUAAUUGAAGUCCCAUAUAUCCUGUCAAAUAAACGAUCGCGUAAAAAGUACUGAUUUCAUGCUUUGGUGUUAGUUAAAUGGUCACUCUAGGAUUUAAUUUAGACAUUUAGACAUAAGACCUUUAGACGCGAGAACCACCUUGUACAGCAUAAAACACAGUACCUCAUUGACAAGAAAGUAUUGCUCUCCAGCGUGCACUAACUCGAAUGGUAAGACGGUAACACUUCAGCAUUUGAACCACAGAAUGAAUGGUUUGCACAACCUUGCGCAAAAAAAUAAACUGUACCACGGAAAAGUACUCCUCUGUAGUUUUCGUUUGAAUGGUCUGAGAAUCAUUAGCGUGAACCAACUUGCACAGCAUGAUAUACAGUAAUACUGAAAAGCAUUGCUCACGCAGUAGCUUUAUUUUAUCCACAUUCUGAGCAGUAUCACAUGACAGAACGCAAGCCGGUUUGACUCUGAGAGAAAAGACUUGACUGACAGUAACGUGAUGUAAUUUUCUCCACCAUAUAUAUUCUUUCUGUAUUCCUAUUUUACCGCAAGAUAUAAAAUGGAUCAAAUUGGUAUAAACUUAAUUUUACGCGGAUCGAUGCUACGUAUACUCCAGAGGAGAUUUUUGGGAUUCAUAGUUGUUCCCGGGUUUGUUAAGAAGCAGAAGCACUUUUCCAAGGCUGUCUUUAUCAUUUCAGAUUCCUCCGCCUGAAAGCCACAAUGGUCCGCUCCGUGGUUUCAAGAUAGCCUACCGUCUAGCGGGAGUGGCUGGAAUUCAGUUUAUUAUCAGGAAGAUCGAGAACCCCGCUGCCACUCAAGGAAACAUCGACGGACUGGUGCAAUUCACGACGUACGAAGUUAAAGUACUGGCGUACAAUGACGCUGGAGACGGCGUUUACAGUCAAACUACUCCCGUAACCACAGCGGAAGGGGGUGAGUAGAAAACCGGCGCCCGGUUAGCUCAAUGAGAUAAGCGCCGGUCGGCUGAGCGGGAGGUCGCGGGUUCAAACCCCGGCCGGACCAACACUCAGGGUCUUUAAAUAACUGAGGAGAAAGUGCUGCCUUUGUAAUAACAUCUGCGAACGGUUAGACUUUCUAGUCGUCUUGGAUAAGGACUAUAAACCGUUGGCCCCGUCUCACAAGCCCUUGCACAUGUAAUAAAUCUGUGGGACGUUAAAGAACCCACACACUCUUCGUAAAGUGUAGGGCACGUAGUGCCCGGUGUAGUGGUCUGUCCCACUUUCACACUCAUGUAUGGUGGCAUCAUUACUCAUUCCUUCAUUACUUGUAAACUGCACCUAAGCAGUCUGGCAAAGUGCCCCAACCAGUGUUGUAAAUUAUCCCUGAAAAGCCCUGAUGGGAGUGGAUAAUAAGAUAUUUACAAUUUAGAAUUUACAAAAAAGUCAAGGAAUUAUGAUAAUAAACAAUUAUUGUAUGAGGUUUUUGUGACGUCCGCAAGAAUACAGGUCGAGGUAAGUUCAGUUACCUGCUAGCAGAUAUACUUAUCUGUAAGUGGCACUGAUUUCCAAAAUGAACUGUAGGCUCUUAGCCAAUGAGAAACAGAUAGUGAGAACAAUGUAAAAUAAUAAUAAUCGCCGUCAUCAUCGUGAUCAUAAGAAACAAAAUAUCAUCAACAUUAGAUUCAAGGUCUUCAAGGUCUCAAUUGGCUGCUAGCAUCAAAACCAUCGUGCUGUCUUUAAGUAGUCAAAUUUCUCUCUACACGUGUAUGGGUUAGAACUUACCUGUUCCUGCUUCAAAAAUGAGAAAGUGCUCGGACAAUUUAUAUUUUUUCUCUAUUUCUCAGUGCCCACAGCACCCCCGCAAGAAGUUACUGUGAUCAACAUUACGACCACCAGUGUAGUCUUGCAAUGGAAGCCACCGCCACAGAAACAACAGAAUGGCCGUAUAAGAGGAUACAAGGUACUUGGGUCUAUCGCUAUUUGUGUACAGUGGAACCUCGAUUUAACGAAGUGCUAAGGGACUGGGGAAAUUUGCUCGUUAUAUUGAGGGUUCGUUAUAUAGAACACCUCGAUUUAACGAAUUUCCGAAAAAACAACCAAGAUGUUCUUUAUAUCAAGGUGUAGUUAAUGAUUAAUUUGCAAAACCCAGCAUUCCCGGGUCUGAACAAUUCACUCUACUGUAAUACCGAGCUGUAUAUAGCUACGGCACUACAAACACAAGAACAGGCAAACAAAACUGCCUAAAACUACUGUACACAUAUAUUUAAUCCAUGUUGGUCUGUUUGGCUUUCGUCUUUUAUCACAGGUUGGCAUUUAUUCGUUAUAUUACGAGGUAUAUUUCACGAUUGCGCUUCUGGAUCGUGUUCGUUAUAACGAGGAUUUCGUUAAAUCGAGGUUCAUUAAUUUCAGGUUCUGUUCCAUGCAUUUUACUGUAAUUUUGGCCGGGCUAAAGAAAACAGUUUGUUAUACCGAGGACUUUGUUAUACAGAGAUUCGUUAAAUGGAGGUUCCACUAAAGAUGCGUUGGAGGAGGGCUGUCAAUCGUAUCAUUUACAGGGUCAAUUGUAGAGGCGUGAAAUGUAGUUCUAAUUAAUUGUCAAGUCUGUGGACGACCUCUCAUGGCUUUAGUUCACUGGCCAACUGAAAUUAAACUUCUCGUUUUUGGGCAUUUUCUCGCCGGAGAAAAGAAACAGCCCCGAAAAAAUUCUGAGUUUCUUCUUCUUCCUCUUCUUCUUCUUCUUGGGCCGGAUAAUGUUAAACUGUUUUUUGAAUUAAGUCGCGUUGUAAAUUUUUUAACCAGUGUACAACCGCGGGGAAGGAAAACUGUAAGUAACUGGCGUGAACUCCAGGAGAGUUCGCCUACAUUUUGACAAAGUGAGUGAGUUGGAAUAAUCGCGAUGAAGAUUAAAAGAACGCACACUUUUUAAGAGAAGUUUUCACCGCCGUCGCCCUUCUUGGAUCUUAAGGUUCCUAUCUUACUGCUGUAGACGGCAGGAAAACAUACAAUUGUGCCCAAGGCAAAGAAAAAACCUUUUAGUUUUGCGUCUGAUUAAAUUCUGCAUCUUAUUCAUCAUUGCCAUGCAUAUUGUUAAUUUUUUUUUUGCGAUGUAACACAGCUCCAGGCAUGGAAGGGAAGUACACCAAGCAAUAUCGUACAACGUGUAGCAGACCAUGACGGCAGUGUUAUUAUCCAGAGGGGUACACUAACUGGUUUGGAAAAGUUUACUCUGUAUACUGUGGCUGUAGUAGCUUAUAACGGUGCAGGAGACAGUCCUAGGUCUGACACCAAAAUUAUCAAGACUGAGGAAGGAGGUAUGUGACAUUUAUAGUAGAAAAAUACCUAGUUUAUUAAGUUUCAGGACCGAGACACGUUAUAAUGUGAACUUCCCCGGCAUUUAAUUUUUGUAGAAGGAAAUUUAAAAUGUACAAACAUUUAAGAGAUAAAGGAAAUAAUUUUUAAAAGAAAUAACUUCAAGUAAAGGUCUGUGUAGUAUAUGAGGUGAGCCAGCCCGGUUAGCCGUGCUGGCUGGGCUCAUGCCUUGUUUCCUCAUAAAAGUUUUAUGAGAAUGCGGGCUGGCCUACCGGGCCGGCUUACCUCAUAUAAACGGCCCCUGAGGGUGAAACAAUUGGCAUAAUUUUGGAGAUUUUCGGUGACGAUUUGUUCCGAAAUAACACACGGAAGUUUCAGUCUAAAACUGAAGCGUCGGUUCACAUUUGCUCGGGUCGAAGGGUAGCCUCCCACGCAGGCGUUUUUAGGGGAGCUCGUUUUUCAUCCCUCCCCACAAACGCCUGCUCAACCGAAGACAACAUUCCUUUCCCAUGCUUAGCCAAUCACAUUGUACUUUCCAAAUUCUGGAAAGUUGACCUUGACCAAAAGGUAAUCUGAUAAUUACGCGAUGUGCAAGGAACACUGGGAAAGCUUUCCGACUUCGAAUAAAUGUUAGAUUCAGAGCGGCAAAAAUAAGAUUUAAUCAAAUUUUAGAAUACUGCAUGCACUGCAUAACCUUAGCGAAGGAAAGAAAGGAAAGAAAGCAGUAACUCUAGGGUCACGUGUUAGUCGCGUUUAGCCUGUCAACACUUUAUUGCACAACUGUUGAUUGAUCACUUACCACUCAAAUAAAACAAUGGGAAAGGAAUGUUGUUUCCGGCUGAGCAGGCGUUUGUGAGGAGGGAUGAAAAAUGAGCUCCCCUGAAAACGCCUGCGUGGGAGGCUAGUCGAAGGGUGGAUUGUCUUUUUUUCUUAAGAAAUUUUCUUGGUGGUACCGAUUUUGUUCAGUUUUGUGCCGACUCUGAAAUUUUCGUUCCCGCGAGAGAAUGCGCGAGGAAGCGGCCCGUCGCACUCGCGUCUCCUAUGGCGUGCGGCUCUCGCGUGCCCCCCCGCGACUCCUCCAAAUGGUGAGCUUGCGCGCAGGCUAAUUGCUUCAGUGACACAUUGUCAAGCUCGAAAAUUGUUGUUCAAUCGGUUGGCCCUAACGUCGAUUAACGUCGCGAACUUACUUAAAAUCCCUUCAAGAUUUCCUGUACCACACCUUUAAUAAGAUUUGCAAAGCUGUCUAGAUGUAUUGUGUUUUUUUUCUCUUGAUAAUUCUGGUUAAGAAAACAAACUUCGUUAAAUCUCUCAUUCCGGUGUUGAAAUGCAACUUUUUUUUAAUACACUAGUCCCAGAUGCGCCAGGAUCCUUCACAGUGUCUGAAGUGUACUCCGAUGCGUUGAGGGUGAGCUGGGACCGACCGCUGCGCGUUAACGGUGUCCUACUCGCUUACCUGCUGAAACACUGGAGGAAUGACACGUCUCCAAGCAACGCGCACACGACACGGCUCCCAAACGUUACCCUGUCAUACACUGUCACGGGGUUAAGUGCCAAUACUAUUUAUAGUGUUGAGUUAUCUGCCCAGACUAGAGCGGGGAUUGGUACGAGUAAAAGACUGUCAGCAAUGACUACGCAAUCUCCUGGUAAGAUCACAUGACAAUUUUCUCCUUUUUUGGUUGGUUGUGUGCUUAAAAUUAAUUAAAUGUCACUGUUCAAUGUGUUUUAAAUAUUAAAAAACAAACGAAUUAACAAACAAAAAACUAAUAAAGGGAUGUCACUAAGAUUUCAAGUUGCCGAGUAAAUACGACAAGUAGGCGGGGAAUCAAACAGCUAGGGAUUUCUUUUGGUUCUAUUUUUCUUCUGUUUUCCUAUGAAAGUAGCCGGGGGCCACGUUCUUAACAGCCGGGGGAAAUCCCCGCCCCCCGGCUCUUAAUGACAGCCGUGAAAAAAAACCUUAUUCAACAUGUUAAAAAUGGAGUUGCAAGAGAGCCAUUUUGCAGCCGGAUAAAGAGUAGUAUAAUUAAGAUAAAUUAUAACAAAGGUUUCGUAGACGGUGGUGUUUGUCGGGUGGCCAAAGUAGCGUAAAGAGAAACAACUCUUAAACUUGACAAACGUGAAAAGUAUUUCCCUUUUGCUGGACGUGCUCUGUAUGCUCUGACCCUUAAAACAUUAGAUUAACUCUAACCAAUUUCACUACGUGUAUCCCGUGCGAUUAAAAACGUAGUAAUGGACGCCCACGGCAUAUUGCUGGCACUAUGUUUCUUUCGCUUGCUACCUUUUUGUGUUCAACUCUGCGAACACCAAAAAUAGAACAACGAAUAUUGUUUUCAAUCAGCUUAAGUUUGUUUCGUUUUUUUUCUUUUUCAGUACGACCGGGCGCACCGCACAAUCUGAGGUUCAUACAGGCAGCGGCGCGUUCUGUGGUGCUUAAUUUUAUCCCUGGACCAUCAGGCCGGGCCCCCAUUCUGACCUACACAAUUGAGUACAAUAACGAUUCUUUUUAUGACCCUUUCUCGGCGCGAUGGAAAACUCUCUUGAUCAUUCGUGAUGCUCAUCUCGUGUGGAACCUGUUGCCACUGACUCUUUCCAACCUUAAGCCCUACACUGACUAUAGGUUCCGUGUUAUUGCUAAAAACAAGGUUGGAAGCAGCAGUCCCAGUAAUGCCUCGGAUACCAUCAAAACGCUCGAAACAGGUAAGGGAAAAUUUUACCAUCAAACAGGGCUGCAAAUAACGGCCGGUCAACGGACAAUGUCCGGCCUGAUCGCGGACUUGACCGGUCAAACUCCGGACUUGACGGUCAUUUUGACCGGUCAUUUUUGGAUACAAACACUUUAUUUUCCAUACAAUUGUCGUUUAAUGCUCUAUAACGCUGCAAUGAUUUCUUUUUUCUUUGGCGUGUUUUGCUGCUUUGCACUAAACCCUUCUAAGAAAAAGAACGCCGCAAUAAAUUAAUUUUAUGUCGUCAUGUCGUAAUCUAACGCAACAAAGUGAAUAACAAACUGAGUUGGAACGUAACGCAGUGUUGCAAGUCGUACUGUACUUUCUGCUUUGCUGUAAUCAGCAAUGUGACCUUCUUUGGGAAUUCGAAGGAAUUCAGGCAAAUCGAUCGCAAUUCUCAACAGGUUGUCCUGUGUUUCUCCGGGAAUAAAAGUUAGCGCAUCGAUUAAUAAUAAUUUCUUUUAUGUCGAACAUGAAUCUCGUUUGCAGACUCGAUUCCAGAAUGGUCUGAUAAAAAUUUAAGCUACUCAAGAGGGAAGGUCGUCGUCUAUCGCGGCGCUAGUUUCUCGUUCUUGUAAACAACUUUAUGCAAAUUUCUGUUGACAUUUGAGCCCUUCGCGAUAAAAUGUUGCGCGAUGACCCAAAUUCAUUUAUUGACUUCUGAUCAUCAACACGCUGUUUGUGGAACAAACGUCUCCUCAAUGCAAAUCAACGUCUUUCCCGAAAAUCUCAGCGACGAUUCUUCUUUGAGGAAGUGACUUUCGAUCACGUGCCAGGCAAGGAAAAAGAUCAAGUUUCACCGAUGUUCAUUUCGGAACAUCAACGUAAAACAAGCGUGUGCAGAUUUUGUAAAAUAACCCAAUUCUUUUGGGUUUUUUUUCGUAAUUGCUAAAGUUUGCUGAACUGUAUGUGUAUUCCGUUUCCUGAACCUUGGGAGUUUGAAAAGGAUUUACGCUUCACUUUUUACCUCUAGAGACUUCAGACACCGCCGUGCAAUGAUACUCAAGGUAGAACGUAACAUUAAAACGCGCGAAAACCGCGGAAAGGAAAUCUACAACGUGCGAAUGCAUUUUUCACCAAUUUGCUGUCAAAAAUGUGAACGUCAAUGUAGUAAUAACGAUCUAUUGCCAGCAUAAUUGGAUAUUCCUUACGCAAAAAAAAAUUAUUAGUAUUCAUUAUUUGACCGGCCAGAAUCGGGGUUUGUCCGGGCGAAAAAAUAUUUGGCCGGUCAUCAUGACCGGCAACCUGCUGUCCGUUAUUUGCAGCCCUGUCAAAAGAGGCAAUAGACCUUAUUCGUUUUCAGGGCUCGAAGUUAACUUUUCUUUGCACUUGCAAAGUUUUGCUAGGAAGAUUUUUUUCCACUAGCAAACUGGUGAGACCACCUGCAAAUUCUUUCCCUUUGCUUGGGAGACAUGGAUGAUUCUAACUCGCAGGAUAUUUUUCUCACUCGCAGGUUACCAAAUUUAAUUGCAUAAUGCGAGUUUGCGAGCGGUAAUUUCGAGCCCUGGACUUUUGUUGGUAGUUAACUGGAAAUAGCCUGAAGUCGAGGGUUUCCUACAUGAGCUUCGUUUGGAGCCGGUUCCAAUGGCCUGUUUCUGAGUUUACAGAGAUUACGGUGACUAUAGUCGACUCCCGAUAACUCGAAGCUUCUAAGGAAAUCAAAAAAAGUUCGAGUUAGUUACAGGGAGUUCGAAUUUAGUAACCGGAAAUAAGGAUAUAGGCAAAAGUAUUUCAAAUUCGAACAGCAGUGUAAUCUUUCGUGUAUACGGCUGUUUACUAGGAACUAAAAGAGUGGCUUUCACACCGAGUUUAAGUAGGAAAUGGUUUCUGAUGUAAGGUUAUAGAAAUUAACGCGUAACGAUAAAGUUGGAAGGAAAUCAUAUUGUAGUCUAACUGUUUCAACGGACUCAGCUCUACGAGUUCAAUUCGGAGCCCCUCUUCAGAGAAUCCAGGAUCCACUUUUUCUUUUAUCGAACACUCAGGGAAAACAUCACUUGGAAAAAGAACUCGUGCUGUUUAAAACUGCCUUUAAAAUGAGCGACGGAACUAUCGUAAUAAGAGACAAGCUUCAACUUCAAAUGUAACUGAGUACUGUUAAAAGAUUCCUCACUUUUGGCGAUUUUUUUAUAUUUUUAAGUUAUAAUAACAAACUGAGGCAGGGUGUUCCUUCGCCAGUUGUCGUCAAACCAGUAGAGAUAAAAAGUUGCCUGAUAAUUAGCUGAAAUUUUUACAAACGAUAAUUCUGAUUAAUUGUUGUUUUUUUUUUUUGCAUAGCUCCCUCCCAUCCUCCCAGCAAUUUGAAAGUGAUUCAAGUUGGCAAAGAUGGUUUGGAACUAAGAUGGAAGGUGGGUGCAAAGUCAACUGAUGAACAGGCGUCUAUGUUUCGGUAAAAGCGCGUUAUUUUUCUCGUGCUGAAUUCUCAAAGUCUGUUCAGUGAUUUUUCCCUUUUACUUUAUGUCCUUCUUUAAUUAGAUUCCUCCUCGAGACACUUGGAACAGUGACUAUAUUGGCUUUUUAAUGAAAUUUGAGCCACAAGGAGUUUCCUCUUCAAAUACUCUGGAAAUCAAAAUUCCAAACAGCCAGUUGAACUACUACAGAGCCGGAGGUCUUUUGAAAUACAAGCACUACAGAGUGUCAGUGAGCACAUACAACUUAAAUGGACUAGGAACUAGCAAUAAAAGUGCAGUUGCGUGGGCCUGGACACAGGAAGAUGGUAAGAACCCGUAUGCUUAGCAGAGGGCCCUCUCUCGUCCCUUGCUGCGUGUACCGGAGACAGAUGACACCGAAUCAGCCUUAAAACAUGAAUAGAAAACAAAAGCUCUUUUGUUUUUCAUCAUUUUUGUCCGGUUAACGAAGUAAUACGGCAUACCCCGCCCCUCUUGCUUUUCUGAAGCGUCAAAAAGAGAGAUUUUCCAUCCUCAGCGUUAUCAAACUUUUCUACUUAUUAUGGCUUAACAGUUUCAUGAUUUCAUAUUAUCUUUGUAGCACCAUCAAGAGCUCCAAGUGGUGUUAAACCCACAGUUACUGGAGCUUCUAAUGUAACACUUAACUGGGGACCUGUACCUGCUGUGGGACAAAAUGGCCAAAUCCUUGGAUACAAGGUAAACUUCAUAUCUAAUAAUAUCGCUUAACCAUGCGUUUCCGUUCCCCUUCUUCCAUUUUUACCAUUUUUAUUGCUCUCGCUCCAUGUUUCGCUCAAUGACUCGAUCGGAAACGCUUGCUAUGCAGGCUAUCCUUAUCGUGGUUUUCGCUACGCAUAUCAAGACAUUAGUGGGCUUACGCAACAGGACGGGAGAGGAAAGAAGACGGCAAACCUUGUGUGACAAGUGUGACAAUAAUUUUGUUAGAAAAACUUUUCCGCCGAACUUCACCUUCCUUUAAACAGAUUUUUUUGUAAAAGACCAGACAACAUUAACUCAGGUAAAGAUCACCACAAAACACAUAAGUAAUAGGCUUGUCACGUUUGUCACACACAAGUGUUUUGCGGUCCUCUUCUUUCCACCGUCCUGUUGCGUAAGCUCACUAUUGACGACGCGAGGCGUAGACAGCGGCACGCGGAAGAGAGAGUCAAUGGGUAAAAAGACCUGACUCGGCCAUGCCGCUCUAUUUUGCGAUUACGACGCAAGAAAUUGGAAAACAUCUCGAGAAAAUUACUUGAAGCUUAAGUGGAUCGUAUUUCCUUUCUCAAACAUCGUUACUUUGCCAGUUUCGGUACUAAUAGGCCUUUUGCAGCAAGUCAUUCACGUGAUACAAAACCGCCAUACUGGAAAGCAACAGAAGCAGUGGGGCAAGGCAUCGUAUAUUUGUGUGAAUGUAUUACGACUGUUGUAUCAUUCUUUUCGUUUUUAUGCAAGUUUGUCGAGUUUGUGAUAUUGUCACUUUCUUUUGGUUAAACUUUGUAACUGUAACAUGCGUUGUGUAAAUAAAUGACUAUUAAAAAAAGACAAAAAAGGAAAUAACUAUAUUAAAUUAUAUAAGCCUUUUGUUUAUCUUGUCCCAGUGCUUCGGUCUUGUACUACGUUGAUGACCAGCUGCAAAGUGUCCAUUUAGUACUAAUUGAUUGUUCAUAAAUGUACUAAGAGUUUGUUUCGACUGCAGAUUUAUUACAGCGUAGUUGGCAGACUAAAUACUGAGAAAGAAAAACAAAUAAACCAUGGUGCCACAUAUUCUACCGCACUGACGGAACUGGAGGCUUUUGUCACUUACGAGUUCCAGGUCCUUGCCUACACACGGAUUGGGAAUGGGCCGAGGAGCUCUCCAGUCCGAGCAACCACUUUAGAGUCUAGUAAGUUAAAUUACUUUCUUUUUUAUCAACUCAACCUAUUCUACAGACUACUAUCAACGUCUUACUUUAGACAGCUGGUUUACUAACUUAGAACAAACUCCACUGAAUCGUAGCCAACAGUUACCAGCGCCGUACAAACGACUUAUUGACGAGAUCAAGCAAAACUAACUACGAGAGAACGACUGGAGAACUGACAAUUUGACUAACAAUACACGACUGUUUAACUGUGACAAUAGACGGAUCGAAACGCACCCACCAAUUACUGAUUACGAGUCUUCAUAGCCAAUAACAUCACGGCUUAACUGACAGACGACCAAUAACAUCGCGACGUAAUUGACCAAUCAGAUCAAUAACCAGAGUAUAAUACCAUCAACUGACGUGAUACAACUCACUUUGACUCUGAAGAUGACUACCGCACAGGUUGUCGAAACGUCAGUCACUGUCAACAACAACGGUCCUAGUCAGGACUACGUUCACCCGGACGAUCAAACUCAAGGAAUUAUUUUAAUUCCCUGUCCUUUCCAAGAUCCUGCUGUUUUGAACUAUUGAGUUCUUAAAAGAAUUUUCUAGGUUUUGAACCCUUGAUUUAGGCCAAUCAUUAAAAAGGUCAUAUGUACCCUGGAGUUCCCCUUUAUGUGUCUUCCUUGAAGAUCGGUUUCUAAUUCUGGCUUGUUUGUGUUUUGUUUAGCUCCAGGCCCUCCUGCUCACGUCCGUUUCACUGCUGUAUCCAAUAACUUCGUGACGAUAGUCUGGGACCCACCAGUAUACCCUCAUGGCGUCAUUACCGGAUAUAAAGCUCUUUGCCGCCUUAAUCAAACCUCAUCUGGUCACACUUGGAAAGAUGACUCCAUAGGUUCAACCGAGCGUCAGACAAGCGCUGGGACUUUGAGCACGGCAAAUUUUUAUCGCUUCUUUCUGUGGGCGAAGACAGAUCAAGGCUGGAGUGAGAAACCAGCGGAAGCAGUGGUUUUUACUGGUGGUUCCACUGGUGAGUGAGCCUUUAGUGGUGUUGUUUUGCGGUUAAACGGGCAACACAUGCGCGGCUACCGUCAACUAAAGCUUCAUCGUCUACUUUGGGCUACGGCUUUCGUUGAUUGCCGUAACAUCUAGUUGUGUUCAAGUGUGCUUCGUUUCUUAUCAAAACCGCCCUGAUGCCUAACCUUCUUUUUCCCAAAAUUGCUUAAAACCAACCUUUAAGACAAGACGAAUAAAAAGAUAACAUUCCUUUUCAUUACAAUAUACUGAACAGCAAAUUUAACCAGUCAAAAGUACUGCUGAAAAGGUUUCAUGUAAAUGGUCACAUUAUUUGAUUUCGCUGUAACCUGUUCACAGACGUUUUCCUUUUUUUCUCCUUUCUUCAGCCCCACCACCUAGCACCUGCGGUCAAUAAAUCGCCCGCGGUUUUCAUUUUAUAUGUGCGCUCGACGAUCUCUAAAGAGAAAAUAGAGGGUCUGUGAACAGGCUAAUUUCGCUGAAAGGCGGAAGACGUAAAAAACACUAAAUUAACAGUAUCAUGUGAAGUACCGUUGAAGAGGUAUUAUGGUAAUUAAUGGUCAGACCAUAAGAUUAUUUCCACGAAAUCAAAAAUUAGAACUUCAAACUAAAUACAUUUUACUGUGUGGAAGUACUGCUAAAGUGGUUUCAUUUGAAUGGUUACACCCUGGGAUUUCGUUCAUGGACUCAAAGGUAUUAACCCUUGAAGCCCCAAUAUCCACAUACAAAUUCUCCAAACUGAUCUCUAUACAUUUCCUUAAAGAAUGAGUUGAGAGAAUUUGUUAAAAGAUCAAAGUAUUUUCUCUUAAGUGAUCAUUUAAUUAAUUCUCAUAACCUCAUCUCAUGAUAAUGUAUGGAUAUCGUUAGGAGAAAAUUUCUGCUGGUCUCUAUUGGGACUUAAAGGGUUAAACCAAAACUGAUUGGAAAUCAGUGAAAAGGUUAUCAUGUUGAAAGUUUGCCUCUCACGCAGACGUUCUUAGGGGUUCGUGACGAGUUCUUUCCCCAUAAGCGUUCGAGAAUGAGGAUCGCGUGACAAGCCAAAAGAACGUCUGCGUGGGACGCUAGUCUAAAAUCCGUCACAAGUGAAUUUCUUACAUGCGUUUUGAUCUACAACAGACUAUCCAGAUGCACCCUUCAUUUUGCCCAUUUACUUCUCGGACAUUGGCGAACGUUGGAUAGUCGUCAAAUGGCAGGCUACCUCGAAUGUCAAGAGUCCCUUGAGAUACUUCACUUUACAGCUGAACAAAAACGUAGAUGGCUGGCAAGUGUAUUCCUCCAACAUCGAUCACACUGCAAGGAGCUUUAAAGUGGAAGGGCUCAUUCCAGGGGAGUCGUACAUGUUCCGGAUAAUGGCUACAAAUGACAAGGGUAAUAGUCCCUACAGUGCCGCGUCAACCCCUACCACCACUCGUCUGGCUUGUGAGUAUUCAUAAAAAUACAUUCAUUAAGUAGAGGGGCUUAUCCCACGGGUGUCGUACAUGUUCCGCGUUAGCUCCUACAACCACUGGUCUGGCUUGUGAGCAUACAUAAUAACACAUUUUUCAAGACUAGUAGAACAUCUAUCAUUUGAGUCCAAUAUCUGUAGCUACAUGAAGCUACAUGUUCCUAACAGUUUUUUUCCAGGGAACCUUUAUGUUGACUGACCUUUUUCUUCGUUUUUCAGUGCCAACUGGAGCUCCUUAUGAUGUUAGAAUUCGGGCCGCUUCUACUACAUCACUUCUUAUAGAAUGGACAGUAAGAUUUUUGUUUCUCUGUGUUGUUGAAUGCCUUAAAACGAAGGCCCUGGAAACAUUCUACCGAAGGGUGCUUUUGACUCGGUGAUUUUGCCCUUUGGCUCUUAUUUGUCAAGCGCGUACCCAACUUAAGUACGACAUCGCCUCCUAUUUCUCUAAAGUACAAGAACACGUGUUGUUUCAUCCCUGAUUUUUUCUUAACUUGGGAUGCGCCCUCUGUAAGUUAAGGCGAGUGGCACCAAUAAGAGCUUACUUUUGCUUCUCGUUCUGUUUAAUUAGUUGUUCUUUUUCCAGUUAGUGUUGUUUUUUUGGGGGGGGGAGGGGGUGGGGGCGCAAUCGCGGCAUUCAAGGUUAGUACUAACAUGCACGUAAAGAGUGGGCCCAAGGAAGACACAGAAUGUUAUUUUCCUGAGACCCUCAAUUUUCGCCGUGGGAAACAUAAAGGAGCAGUUUCAAGUUAUACUUCCCGAUCACGCGCGAGUCCUUUAUAAGUUCCCAAGGGAUAUGGUUGGUGACUUGUGUUCGUCUUAGGGUUAUAAUUAGUUGAUACAUAGCACGUGACACAUUCUCGUUCAACGGAAAACAUAUAUACUCUUUUGCUGUCUUGUGUAGGCUCCCUCGCCCCAAGAACUGGGAGGCACUCUCAAAGGCUUCAUCGUGAAAUACAGGCAGCAAGGAUCAGCAGACUUCACUAACGUUUCCUUGCCCUCCAACAGCCGCCAAUAUGCGUUAAAUAACCUCAAAGUGUUUACCGUCUAUGGAAUAAUGGUGGCCGCUGUCAACGAGAAGGGGCCAGGGCCCUAUACUCCUGAAUACAAUGUUACCACGGGAGAAAAACGUAAGUUGGUUAUCCAAUCUAACAGCUUGCCGACAGGUGCAUUUAUUUUCUUCUUUUUUGCUUUAAGAUUUGUUUUAAGACUGUCAAACUAACUGGCCUAGGAUUUAAUGGUUACAGAUUUUACUAGUCAAGGUACGUUCAACUGGUUAUCUGGACAGCAUGGAACAAAUCCUGAUCGUUGAUAUCAUUUUUUUCAGCCCCUUCUGAUCCGCCCACAAAUUUGAGGAGUGGUCGGGUGACUAGAACUUCUAUUGAAAUCAUGUGGGCGGCUCCUUCUCCUGGCUCUUUUAAUGGACACCUUAUGGGAUACAAGGUUAGUUCUUUGCUGCUUCCACAUUUCAUAAUAUAUUUUAGUGUAGUUUAAUUUAGCCCCAGUGGUAAUUGAACGUUUCAGCUUUAUUAUCGCACUGUCUGUUUGUGCUGUUAGAAGAGAAGUAUAUUUAAUUGUGACUGUUCUAAUGUAGCAGACAUUUGUUUGAAAAACAGGCAACUUUGCCUGUCGUUUAUGCAAUUGCCUACAAAGUUUCUUGAAUUUUGAAAUGAGACUAUAGUAUUCUUGGGUCUGUUCUCCAGCUUAGAGAGGUAGCAGUGUUUCCAUGCCCAGCGAUAGCGGUGCAUCGACAUCAGAGCAACUGAUAUAGAGCGUUUUCACGUGACGUCACAGCAGCCAUAUUGGUGUUUCAAAACAAUGAAACGGCGGCCAUGUUGGUGUUCCAAACCAAUCCUGUGGGAGUUGAACUCUUUUCUUACGUUAACGCCUUCUUUUGUUCCAAUAAAUAAGCAUAGAUGCUGGAUACGUGAGUGAAAACGCUCUAUGCCUCCCUAGGAGCAAACGUAGCCAAGUGGUCAGCCCGUCGAACUCGCAAUCCGUCGGUCCCGGGUUCGAGUCCCGCUCUGGCCAUUUUCUGGAUUUCAAAUCCUCGGCCGCGCUUGUAAAUAGCCAACUGGUUGCCUCCUGUCAGUUGGGGUUUUAAUCCUGUUAUGUUAAUUAGAAUUAUUUGUCUCUAAUCAUUUGAGUGGAGUGCCUGUAAACUAGUUGGAUAAGCUAAGCGCACUUUCCACUAUAAACAAACGUUAUUUUUCCUUAACCUUUUACCGCAAGAGCAGGGCAAUCAAGGGAAGAUUGGGUACUGAGUACCACUGAGGCCUUCAAACCCUGACCCUUUUUAAGGCAAAAAUUGCGCAUUUCGCCAUCCAGAAGACAAGAGCCUGGAGUCGUACCAUUUCGCAUUGUUGGUACCAUGUAAACUCUUUUAAAGGGUUCCGGUCCAAAAAGACACCCUGUUGAAGACGGUAAAUAGUGAACUUGUACACCCUGUUUAAGACUCAAGAGCCUGAAAACCAUACCCGUUUGGACCAAAUAAGGGUGUGCCCCCCUUCCCCUUCCAGCAUUUACCUCAAAAGACACAUUUCAUUGCUUUUAACUUGCAAUUUGAUUGUUUUGCGACUGAUUUUUUUUAUUUUUAUGGCUGAUUUUUUGUAAUCAGGUUUAUGCGGAAGAUCUCUCAUUAUCGAAUGGCGGUCGGCGUCGCAGACGAUCGUUACUACAGGUAUGGCGGGUAAUCAAAAACUUAUGCCCUUUUUGUUUCUUAUUCAGCCGAGCGAGGAAGGAAGGCAAGGCCCGAUCAGUGUGGCUGCCUAAUAUAUAACGACGAGACGAAUCAAUCUUGUUCAAUUGAAAUAUUAGUGUCAUACUUAAGAAUCUUAGCAGAGCAUUUUUACAGAAAAGCGUAAAAGUCAAUCAACGGAAAAUUCUUGCGCUUUGCAUACAUAAUGAUUCAAUAUGUAAGGACGCUGCUUUGUUUUACGAUUUGCGCAUUGAUAUGAGACAAUCAACUUCUAUAUCGGUAAUGUGUUUAAUAUCCUUUAUACCGUGGUAUCAGCUGAGAUCUAUGUGAUCCGCUUCUUUUUGUAGGUUCAUCGGGAAGAUCGUCCGUUGCCAGUCAGGUGGAAGCGCAAUAUGAAGCGACGAAGUAGGCAUAGACGGGCCUUACCAGUAUGUCUGCGAGAACCUGGACCGAAGGUGUUGUUUGUCCCUCCUCACCAGACCACCGCUAACAUUACCAGCCUUCGAAAAUUUGUCACGUAUAGGAUCUGGGUGAGAGCAUAUAACUCCAUUGGAGAGAGUCCUCCCAGUCCUUCAAGGGAAAUCAAAACUCAAGCAGAUAGUAAGUACGGGGUUGAAUAGCUGAUGAGGUGAUAUACGGUAAAGAAAUAUCAAAAAGUGUCAAAUGUGUUAAAAAAAAACCACAAACGUUUCGGGUUUAUGACCCCUCUUCAGUGUGAAGAAAAACCGUUUUACAGUACGGGGUUGAGACUGGUAUGUUUUGAGCAUAGAAAAUGGUAGGAAGAGACUACGAAAGAUCGUUAUACUUCUAAUCCUUUAAGCCCCAGUGUCCACAUACAAAUUCUCCAGGCUGUACUCCGUACAUUUCCUAAAAGAAUUAGUUGAGAGAUUUUGUCAAAAGAUCAAAGCAUAUUCCCUUUGGUGAUACUUUUCUAAGUUCUCAUAACCUUUACCUGUGAUCGGUUAUUGAUAUUGUAUGGAGAAAAUUAAUAUAGUAGUAUAGUGUAUAUGUUUAUAGAAGCAGUGGGGAGAAUUUGUUGAAUUAUCAAUAAGAUCUAUCGUGAGUGAUCAUGUCCUUAAUUAUCGUCGUCACUGUGUUUUGCAAAGCAUUGAUAUUACGGAGAGAAAUUUGAUGCUAAUCACCCUUAGAGCUUAAAGGGUUAAAGCUAUAUUUUAAUUUUGAUUUGCUAGAACCUGGGCCUCCAGCUGUUUUCACCAGUGACGCGGUCUAUAAUACACGCGUGGACUUGUCCUGGACACCACCUUGCGAGCCGAAUGGCCAAAUAAUCGAGUACGAGAUAAAAUACGGGAUGGUAACAACGAACACGAAAAAGGAAGUGAUCGUCUCUGCUGCCAAGGAGAAGAAGAUAAUAAACGAUUUGGAAAUGUUGACUGCCUACUCGUUUCAGAUUCGAGCGAGGAAUCCUAUGGGGUACAGCUUGCCUAAGACGUUUGUCAAAACGACAAAAGGGCCAGCAGGUGAGUGUAAAAAUGCUACUUGUCUUAAAGAAAGGAAUAUUUAAGGUGACUCGACCCAGUUAUUUUGUGGGGGUACCAUCCUACUUUGAAGCUCUCUGGUAUCCCCACCUUUACUUUGACCGUAAGUCUAACAUAUAGCAUGGAUAACAUAUAGAUCAAUCUACAAUAUAGCAUAAACUUUUUGGCGAUCGGAGUAAAUGUCGCGUGGUUAUAGUGCCACGCCUCGUUGGAGUCUGUGUCGAAAUUCUGCUGUUGCCAGCAUCUUUUUCGUAAAAAUCUCUCGGCUACAUGUAGUGCGCAUUAGUGCCUUACGUUGAACAGAGUUUCACCAAAAUCGCAAAGACCCAAUGCGAGAAAUUCAGCGGUUUGCAAAUUUAGGUCAUAAUUUAUGUGAAAAUGAUAAGCAAACUUUACACGAUUAUAUCUAAUAAACUACGAGAUUUAUCCCUUUAUUUUGGGGAUAUUUAUAACAGAUGGGUCCUCAAUGUUUUCACGUAAAUUAUGACCUAAAUGACCUUACGAUGCAAAAAGAACUCGAGCUCUUUGACAUCAAGAAUAUUUCAGCUCUCCGAUUUUCAGGGUAGCGGUUCAAGUAGCUUGUACAUGAGAUAAGGCAUGGCUGUUUCAUGUGUAUUUUAUGUUGGCUAUUAUAGCUCGUAUUCGUUUAGUGGGUUAAAUGUUUCGAUUGUAAAAUCAUUAGCUUCGCAGAACUAUUUAUGGCUAUGUAGUGAAUACUCCAUAAUUACAUUUAUCGCAACGAGCUUCUAUGGAAACGGCGUCUUAAACGAAGCGACCUCUUUUUCCGUUGAUGGUUUUUUGCACUCUCUGUAUGGUAAGAUUUUAACAUUACCUCCCCGCAUAUGAACUUCUCACGCGAGUUUUUCUCGAUUUCUCACUGGUAUAGUGUUCUUAAACUAUUAAUGUUGCCUCAGACAGGGUAGACGAGUAAUUUCUCGUAAAUAUUAACUGUCAUGUAAAAUACAGCCAGUAGCACUUAUCCCACUGGUUCCUCUUGCAGUACUUCCUGGCAAACCUGGUAAGCCUGUGGUUAUGAUUAAUCCGGGAUUCCUACAAGCUGUGAUUAGCUGGAUAAACGGAGAUAGUGGCAAUAUUCCAUUUGAAAAAUUCGAGAUCCAAUCAAAAGUAAAUGGUAAGUAAACUUGCUGCAGAGAAAUCACUUAGGCUUAGACCGUUUAGAGACUACCGUCUGUUUUUCAGUGUGAAUCGAUUACCCUCUCCAAUCCUUUUCAAUUUUAAACAGCGAGUGAGAUCUGGGGAGAGUUAUACCUGCCCACGAUAUCACCCCUAAACAGUGUGUUUUCUCCCCACGGUCGAAGAGGAAUAUUUUUAAAUUACAAAUGGGCAAUAAUUCAUAUUACUAUCAGAUAGUUUCAUUAUUACAAUUAUUACAACAAAUUAAAUUGACAAGUUAACUCUCCAUCAAUUCCGUGCAAUUUAAAUGAGCAUACUUAAGUGUUAAGCUAACUUUGUAAAUUUUCAAUGGCGUCUUAAUACAGUCAUUUUCUUUUUUAAAAAUACGAGCAGGCAAUCCGUGAACUAAAAAUUAAAAUCCCCGUGCAGUAGCCUGCGUAGUAAGCGUUUCCAAUCGAGUUAUUGCGCGAAAGUUGGAGCGGGAUUCCUUUUUUUCUGCUCUCGUCCCAACGUUUCUCGACGAACUCGCGCGGAAACGCUUGCUACGCAGGCUACCUGUGCACUGUAUGAACAAUCCGUGAACUACUUUUGUGAAAUCUCUUUUAGGAGGAUCUCAUUCUCUUAUAGUAAACCUCUUCUAGUUUUCCUUUGCCUUAUUUUCGUUUAGCCUUUUUGAACAGAAAAUUGUUUAUCUUACUUUUUCUAGAGGGACCUUAAAAAGUCCUUAAGUGAACUAUAAUCUUUGUUAUGUUUUCUUACGUUGUCCUUAUCCAGCUUCAUCCUGCAUUUAUUUCUUAGGUUCUACGCAGUUUCAAACUAAUUGGGAAGCAAAUCCUGACGAAACUAAAAAGAAUAAAUCAUAUGUUUACUACACUCUGGGUAACCUUGAGCCGAACAGAGGAUAUAUCUUCAGGAUUAUCGCCUGGAACGCAAUAGGACGUUCCCCACCGUCUGACCCGUCAGAUAUAGUUUUUACAGGUAAUUUGUUGCCAAUAUAUUGUUUCCUGAAGCGUGGAAGGUACUGACUGUAGACUCUUGCCUUAAGGAAAGCUCUCUAUAACAGACACCAAUAUAAUUAGUAUGUGUAAUCAAAUGGUGACGAGUGAAAUUAGGGAAUAAUUUCACACGCGUUUUGUCCAAAUCCUAAUAAUUUCCCGAGCCUUUAGGCUUUAGCCUUUUUUAGGAUUUGGACAAAACGCAAGUGAAAUUAUUCCCUAAUUUCACGAGUAUACCAUUUGAUUACCUAUUAAUAUCAUGGGUGACGAAUUAAGUUAGCAAUCUUGGAUUUUUGACAUGUUUAUCCUGGAUCGUAUCGAUCGAGAACUCCACUCUCUCAAAUGUUUAGACCUUAAAUUUGGCUUAUAAAGUUCAGAAUUUUUCAGACUUUUUCGGCAAAAUACCUGUUAGAAUCCUUCUUGAUGUUCUCCUGUGUGUUCAGGUUUUCUAAAGCGUCUUUUUGUGCCCUGACAUCUUCAUUCACGGCAUUUUAAAACUUCGUCGCCAUCUUGACACUGAGACGUACGGAAGGUUGCCAUGGCAAGUUUGUAAUUUCACAUGUGAAAUUACAAAUUAACGCUGAAAUUUCGCGCCAAAAUUAAGGAAUAAUUCGUCACCUAUAAUAUUAUGGCAGUUACACUACUACAUGAGAAAUUUCUGCAAUCUGAUUGGCUUAGAGCAGUGGUAUUUCAGCUUAAUUUGAAAUACCUACAUAUGAAAAUUACAAACCUUUUGUGGGUAGUAAUAUAAACAAAUAGUAGCAUGAUUUGUACAUGAUGUUUGGCAUAAAUACCACUCGUGAUAUUUCAAAAUUGUCUCAAAUUUCACUCGCCUAACGGCUCGUGAAAUUACGUAUAACAAUUUUGAAAUAUCACUCGUGGUAUUUAUGCCAAAUAUCACUACAAAUCAUGCUAUUAGCUAUACUAACUACAUCCCCAGCAAAACGAAAUUACAGUUGUUUGACUGAAAUAAACUUGCGCUGUUAGAAACUCAAGCUAUAACGGAUUUUAAGCAAUGCUCCCCGCCCCCGUCCGUGAGUCCGGUCCAAGCGUCUGCGACGGGGACUGCGCAUGCCAUCCGUGGGCCUUAGAGGGAUUUCCACUGUUACGUAAUUGUUUCGUGCGUACGCACGUAAACAAAACAUAGGUAAUGUGUGAAGUGUCGCAUGUAAAUGUUAUUUGAGUUGAACCUUGCUCAACCAGGGUGAAUUUCCACUGCCGCGUAAUUUUUACGUGCGUACGCACGUUAAUGAAAUAGAGGCAAUGUAUGAUAGUAGGCCUCUCCCGAUUGUGCUCGUAAAAUGCUGGAAAGUUGCACACUGGAAUGCCAAAAAGUUGCUAAAAAAUUGCAAAAAAAUCCAAAAAGUUGCCACCUAAAUUUCUCGAUAUUUUUGUAUAAACGUUAAUUAAAAGCUUUAUUUUUCGUUCUUCACAAUAAUUACCGAUAUCGGUCAAGAAAAAUAGCUUGAAACGUCGCUAUUUUUAAUUUUAAAAAAAUUUAAAAAAUUAAUAAACAUUCAAGAAAUUCGUAUGAGUUGAUAUUUUCUAUGAAAUCGUCGACUUUUUCGUACUUGAUGUGUGCUCUAAACCUAUAUUUUGCUCCAAAGUUGCUCAGAAAGGCAAAAUUUGCUCGAGGUUGCUAGAACCGCAAAAAAGUUGCUUCAAACGCCAAAAGUUGCUCAAAAGUUGCCAAGGACAAUCGGGAAAGGCCUAUAUGAUAGGUCGCGCAUAAACGUGAAAGUUGAACUUCUCUCAACUUCUACGUUUACGCGCGACACUUCAUACAUUGCCUCUAUUUUAUUUACGCGCGUAAACUUUACGGCGCAGGCGCACAAAAAUUACGCGGCAGUGGAAAUCCACCCUAAAGAGCAUUCUUACUUGAUUGUGCUGACUGUGCUUUCUCACCUGAGUGUCGCGCCCAUGAUAGACUGCAAAACAGUCGGUUUUUUUCUCAAAAUCAGUAAAGAAAUCGGUAAAGCGUGGCGUAAGAGUCUUACGCGCGCGAAGCGCGCGAGCCUCACACACCCGUAGGGCGUUUUGCUCUCUGUUUUCAGCCUCAUUCCAGACUUUUUGUUUGACUGCGCGCGCGUACUUGAAUACGCAAAAAUACGGACUGUUUUGCAGUCUACGCCCAUGAAGUAGCUGCCAACUCCUCGUCCUAGCUACCUACCCUGUACACUACAUUCAGUUUUUACUUUUUAAUCAAUUCUUGACAUGUUUUAUCUGAUUCUUGUAGGAAAUGUCGAUCCCGAAGCACAGGAACAAAUAUUUUACAAACGAUGGUGGUUUAUUUUGCUGAUGGUGAUUUUUGCCCUCUGUCUUAUAUUUCUGAUCCUGGGUUUCAUUUUUGUCUGUUACCGCCGAAGGAGAGGUAAGUAGUAGCCGGCGAAUGAAGCAUUAUUUACUCUCACCAUCACUCGUAUCCCAAGGGUGAAAAGAGUCUUGUCCAAAUGUACGAUACAAGAAGAGGUUGUUGUUAAGUUCGCUUAUCCAAUGGGCAAGAGUUCAGGCAAAUUAUGUACAAGCAAAAUGUUGCAAGUUAUUUUCGAGCCCUGUAUCAUCAUCCAUUCGAUUGUUUCCAGUGAAUUUAUCUCUAAAAUCGUUUGUCGCCUUAGGGUUGGUUUCCACUGUCGCGUGAUUUUUUCUAACGAACGCACUUGAAAUUUACGCGCGUGAAUGAAGUAGAGGCAAUAUGUGGAAGGCCACGCGUAAACGUGAAGCUGAACGAGGUUCGAAUUUCACGUUUACGCGUGACCUUCCUUACUCUCUAUUUGAUUUACGCGCGUAAAAUUUAGGUUGAAUAAAUGGCAGCUAUUGCUGAUGUGGACCUGCUAUAUAAAAUUACGCGACAAUGAAAAUCCACCUCAAGACCUAAACGCUUUUUAGUACGUUUUUGAAAUUUGAAAUCUGAAGUGCAGCAAAUUGGAAGGCAGGUGGGUUUCGCUAUUAAGCCUUUGAGCUGAACAGUUCAUUCGUUUAAGCCUUGAGUCUCUGUUAGUUGUUUUCUUAGACAGAAAAUAAAGGUCUGGGAUACAAUGCCAUGAUCAAUUCGAAAAUUCAAAUUUACCCACGACGUUUGAACUUUUGAAGGCUGACUCAUUCAAUCCUUUUCCCGUCCACUAGCUUAGCCAAGAAUAUUGUACAGCUUGGAUUUAACGUUCAAAUUCCCCCACUAAAAACAAUCCACUUUUAGUAGGAAUUAAUUUUGUUCUUAUGUAUGGCUUUGCAAAUGAUACUUAUGGAGGGCGUUGUUCUUUUAACAAUCAUGUGUCGCCGAUUAACCCUUUAAGUCCCAAUACCAAUAUCCACAUGUAAAUUCUCCAAACUGAUCCUCAUACAUUUCCGUAAAGAAUUAGUUGAGAGAAUUUGAUAAAGGAUCAGGGCCGAGUUUUUUAAAGCUGGGUUAAGGUAACCCAGGGUUAGUGCAAGAUUUAAGUUCAGAUAUGAAAGCUUAAGAAUAUUUUCAGUUUUAAUUUUUUUUGUCUACAAGUUGAUUAUUGGAAGCUUUAAAAAGAACAGAGAAAAUUAUCCGAGAAAAUGCUUUUGAACACAAUAAAAUGAAACCCGGGUUAAAUUUAACCUCGGGUUAAGCGCUAAUCGGCCUUCGAACAACUGGGCCCAGAGCAAUUUCCCUGAGGUGAUCAACCUAUUCUCUUCAUAUCGGGGAGCAAGGGAUGGCGCAGUGGUGAGAGCGUUCGCCUCCCACCAAUGUGGCCCGGGUUCAAAUUUCGGCGUCGACGCCAUAUGUGGUUUGAGUUUGUUGUUGGUUCUCUCCUUUGUUCCGAAAGGUUUUUCUCCUGGUACUCCGGUUUUCCCCUCUCCUCAAAAACCAACAUUUUCAAAUUCCAAUUCGACCAGGAAUCAGGUAGACGAAGAACCACUUUGUGGAUGUGCUACCUCUAAAUCAUUGUUUACUUAUUUAUUUAUUUAUUUAUUUAUUUAUUAUAAAUGGAUAUUGUUAGGAGAAAAUAGACGUUGUUCACUCUUGGGACUUAAAGGAUAAAUUGUCGACGGCGCAGGCAAGGGAGUGAAAAAUUUUCAUCUUAACCGUGUGUUCGAUUUAUUUUUAGAUAAAGCGCAACAAGGCUCAUCUUUAGGACCGUCUACUACACAGAGCACUCUUGAAAUGAUGAGAUCUUCGAGGAACGGAACUAUCCGGAGUGGAACUCUUCCAACUGUACAAAUGUACGUGUUUUUGUACGGGAUUAAAUACUGUUAGCUCUCUCUCCAACCCUGGGGCACUCCCUUAUAAAAAUGACGGAUGCGCUUGUGGUACCUUACCGUGGGUGCCAGAGGGUUUUUUUCCUUCUGUAGUUCGCGGCGAAGCCGCGCCGGGACAACGAGGCCCGAAUCGCUGAGGACAAAAAGUAACGUUCGUCUCGGACCUUUAUCAAACCGUGCGCACAAGUUAUUUCAUCGUAGGUGUUAAGAGAAUGGACCUCUGGAGUCAUGGUAGUGUUACGGCGUACCUUAGCCUUUGAGAGGGUAAAAUUUGUGGUGUGUUACCGUUCGUGAAAUUUUGAAUGAACGCAAUAUUGGAUUUUGUGGUGAAAUAAACUUUCCACAAAGGCAACAAAGGAACGAUUACAGCUUCUUACAAGACUUAGAUGUAAGGUCCAGUACAGAUGACUUUGCUGAAAAAUCGUUUAAACGGAAAAUUGAAUCGUUUUAUUCAUUAUUUACAGUAACUGCUGAUGAAUUGUCCAUUUAUUUCUCUCCCCAGUACUUACCGGGACACAGCACCGGCGGACGAGGAAGCGAGUAGCGUGGAAUCUAAAGAAGAGCUAUCUGAUGAUAGUGACAGUGGUGUAUCUGAAGUGACUUACAAACGCAAGGCUAACAUUAAACUUAUGAACCAAAACACCAACAGUCCCAGUCUUUCCCCGUGGAGAGACUCCCUUGGACGACCGCGAUCAACACAAAGGCCGUCAAGAAACCGAAACCUUAUCGAGCACACGACGGAGGAAUCCGACGCUCCCGACGAGAUUCCGGUUAGCAGAGGAUUGAAGUCUUUCUCAGUGAUGUCGCUACCGAGGGAUCAACGAGAUGUUCCUCCGGCUUACGACGGCCGCCGGUACAUGGCAAAAUCAGCUGACCAUUUAGAUCAAAUUCAACGAGGUCGACUUCCUGCCGAGGCUGUUACAUCUUUUAUAUCGUCUGAUUACGAGCAGAGGCAUCAGAAACCAGCUUAUCGCGAUCGUCAAGAGCCCUAUUCACGGUCACGACCCUCAAAACCAACGGGUACGUUACGAACGUCGCGGGAUCGGGUUGACUAUAACGAUGAUAGCAGUUCGCCACCACAGUCUCCAACUCGUCCUAACUUCGGAAAUUUCUCUUAUUCGCCGAAAACAGAAAUUCAGCGCAGAAGCAGAAGAGAACCGAGGAGCAGUAGUUUCCGUAGGGCGCUCCAGUUUGAAGGAAAUCCUCAGGAUUCUGAUGGAAGCUCGAAAUAUUCGGAUCGGGCGUCGUCAAGUAGCAACGACCACCGGGAUACUAAAACGCUCGUUGAUUCUCGGAAUCCCCCGAGAAUUCAAUAUGACGAAGAACCAGGACGGAGAAGACCUCCUAAACUUCAACCUCUGGUAUCUGAUCGAUUAGCUCCUUAUCCAUCUUCAAGGCCCCGAGGUCCGCCUUCUCCGGGUACACCAGUAUCUCCCGCACCAUCUUAUCACACUGUAGACCCUGUGUAUGGAGGCAGAAUAUCGCCGUCUUAUGGGUCUAAUAGAGACGAACAAAGCGAUCAGUCAGACGGCAGAGAUCCUCGAGUGAUGCACCUGGACAGGAACGCUUACAACAACGAUACUUACCAAUCCAGUGACCCGCAUAUUUCGUCCUAUUCCUCCUUUGUCUAGUAACAGAGAAUAAUAGUUCCUUUUUCAAAUUAUGCACUGUUCGUUGUUAAGCCCCUAGAUUAAGGGAGUGGCUUAACCCUAGGGGUAAAUUGACACUCUUCGGUAUUAAAGGUAGAGUUUACUUCCCCAUUCCCGGCGACAAAUUCCCUGUCGAAUUACCGCCCCCAGCGGAAUUUUGUGAGAGUCAAACGACUGGAACGUUGAAGAACGUCAAUCUCUUGCCCAAGAGAGGUCUUUCUGUCCAUUUUCCGCGGUAGCCCGUCCACUCCCAAUCAAGGGGCUUAACAUUGUUAGGUUGAUAUUAGUCUUAAUUUAACAAAUUUGUUUCGAAUUUACCGGAUUCGUAUUCGAUGCUAUCCCACUGGGAUGUUAAAAGAUUUUUUUAACGUAUAGAUACGUCAGAAGACACAACCACAUGGAUUGGGUCCCUCCUCGUUUUCUGUGUUUAUUACCUGUCAAGUCUCGCUCUAAGCGAAACCCUUACCAAGAGGUACAGACGGUCGCGUUUGUUGCGUGGCUGUUUGUUGUGACUUUUCGCUAGCCAGUUGUAAAAAGUUACAUAGAGUUAGGUAUAGUGUUUAUGACUGCCUCAUCCUCGGGCUUUUUCCAGCAGAGAGAGAUGCUGGAAAAGAAAACUCAAUGGCGCUAGCUGGAAAAUUCCCCCCUAUCAGAUUUUAGCAAAAAAAAAAGGUUUGCUGUUGUAAAUAAUUUACUGUGCGUUGCAAAGUAGAAAUUGCUAUAGCUUGCUGUAGUCUUUUAGUGUCUGAUAGUGUAAAAAGUUAAAUGGUGGCUUUGUAUUUUUGUAAGCGAGUUAAUAGAUAUAAGUAUUUUUGUACCUUUUGCAAUAUUGUAAAGGCUUUAUUUUUUAUAUUCUUUCGCUAAAAUUAUGUAAUGGUCAUAUCGUUAUGGUUUGAUCCUUGUGACUUACCUCUUAGCUGUAUUUUUAGCUGUAAAUAGUCUUACAUUUUGUUGUGAAGGACAAUCCCGUCAUGUAGUUUAUUAUCUUUGAAGAAUUUUAGGUUUAAGAAGUUAGCCAUUGCAGAAACUUUGACCAGACACCGCUAGUACAUUUCUCGCCAUAAUAGCCUCAAAUUCAAAACACACACAAACAAAGUGUCUUGAAUCUAACUGGUUCAAAAAUUGAGGAGUCUGGCUCAUUUUAAUGUUAUAGUUUGAAUUUGUUCCAGGUUCCUUUCUGUUCCUCCGAGCGAGGAACGCAUAGAAGGAACCUGGGUUAAAGAUGAGACAUCUGAAUUUUAAUUGUAAGCGUCAAAGCUUACAAAUGAUUAGAAGUGAGUUUAGAAAAAAUAGUUUAUGUCAGUGUUAAUGAACGUAAUCACAUAUAAUUUUACCGUCACAUUAAGAUAAUUUCAGACUUCGCUUCUUUUUCCACAAUUGUAGUCGUGUUCUUUCGGUGAAAGAUUUCAGACGCGUUCCAUUCAUGCAUUUCUUCAUUUACA